GUAUAUUCCAUAUUGGACUUUGCUUUCUUCUUUUCGAGACAUGGCUACUGUCACCGCCCAUAUUCUCUCUCCACCCGCCAAAUCCAUCACAGAACAUAAGAAAUCUCAAUUACCUUCGAGUACUCUGUCCCUCUCUUCUUCUUCUUCUCAGCUCUUCACCAAAUCAAACCCAUCUCUGAAUUCAACUAUCUCGGCCAAUAAGAGACCCAAUUGGCUCGUUAAAUCGGUCACCGAGGAUCGGAACGCGGUUACAGCACAUACAAGUGGUUCAGAUGACCAAGAGGAGAAAGAGAAAACUCCAAUUGGAGGAGAAUUAGAGGGAGAGAAAAUCAGCAUAUUAUCUAAUGGGUCUGAAAAUUUUGAUGGGUUCUUAGGCAGAGCAAUCAAUGCUACUAUUGUUCUGGGAUUUGGUACUCUUGCAAUCACUAGGUUACUUACCAUUGACCAUGAUUACUGGCAAGGAUGGACCCUAUACGAGGUACUGAGGUAUGCACCGGAACACAAUUGGAUUGCUUAUGAAGAAGCACUCAAAACACACCCUGUAUUAGCGAAAAUGGUGAUAAGUGGGGUUGUAUACUCUGUAGGAGACUGGAUUGCACAAUGUUAUGAAGGGAAACCUCUCUUCGAGUUUGAUCGGACACGCAUGUUUAGAUCAGGCCUUGUUGGGUUCUUACUCCACGGAUCCCUUUCUCAUUAUUAUUACCAAAUUUGCGAGGCUCUUUUCCCGUCCAAGGAUUGGUGGGUAGUCCCUGCAAAAGUUGCUUUUGACCAAACCGCAUGGGCAGCAGCUUGGAACAGUAUCUAUUUUGUGGCUUUGGGGCUCUUGCGUUUCGAAUCCUCAGCAAAUAUUUUCAACAAACUAAAGGCCACAUUUCGGCCCAUGUUGACUGCAGGGUGGAAGCUUUGGCCAUUUGCUCACUUGAUUACCUAUGGUGUGAUCCCCUUGGAGCAAAGGCUUCUUUGGGUGGAUUGUGUAGAACUCAUAUGGGUUACCAUACUUUCAACUUAUUCAAAUGAGAAAUCAGAAGCACGAAUAUCUGAGGCAUCAUUGGAAGCAAAUUCCAGUUCUUCAUCAAGCAGUCCCCAUGAGGAAUAAUUAAGUUAACAACUCGAGAACAUCUUUAAGUCAAAAGGCCAACUGACCGAAUCAUCUUUUCGAUUGAUUUGAAGAAAAAAUUAUGGCAGGGUCAGUGAUAUACCUCCACAGGGAUGUGUACAUGUGGCUUCUGCAACUGUAUGUCCCUGCUAAUCAGCACACCCCACUAUUGUAUUAUUAUUAUUUUCAUUAUUUUAUUUUAUUUUGGGGUUGGGGGAGGGGAUUCAAUUAUGUUAUAGCAAUUCAUGCUUGUUUUAAAUAUAGCACAGAACAUUCUUUUUUUUCUCUCUCUUCAAUAUGAUAUCUAAAUUCAAACACUAUAA